AAUGACCCAUGCAACCACGCUAUUCCAGAUUGUUACUUGCACAUGUUGUACCUUAAACUCUUCCACAUCCCACCAAAGCACAAGUCAUCGGUAUAAUACAAGUCAAAGAGUCAACUUGACAAAAUGGAGAGCCCCCACGAGCACCAGCAGAACCUGCUUCUGUCGCGCAUCAUCACCAAUGUUGAGAAACUCAACGAAGCAGUCGUCGUUAUGAACAAGAGUCUUCAGGAAAUCAACAUUCAGAACAUGAACAUCGAACUCGUAGCACAGAUGUUCAAGAACUACCAGUCCAACGUGCUCUUCCACUUAGAAGCCACCGACAACCUCAAGGAGCCUGUAUAAGAGGUAGGCUUUGGAGGAGACUAUGUCUUUAUACAGGCCACCUAUACGCAACUUGGGACAUCUAUAGAUCAGCUUGCUGGCUCUCAACAUGAAGCCUAUGAGACUUGUGAAAUUGAAGAGUUUCUGACCGUAACACUUUUGUAAUGGGCCACCCAAAGAUACCCGGGCUAUAUGAAUCAGUCAAUUGAGUAAAAACAAUGAAACAGUGCAUCAUUGAAUCUCCGAAU